AUGUGUGGGAACCGAACGCACAAUCUUCUGCUCAAGAGGCGAAUGCGUUCACCACUCGACCACCGAAGCGAUGUUUUCCCCCGUCCACCAUUGUGUACUACAUUUUCAGAUGAAAAUUUCCAAACUCAAAGAGGUCUUCCGCCGAAACAAAUUACAGAUUCUGAAAGCCUAAGAUGCCAGCUAUCGGAUGACACGUUUACUUUUACCCGAUCGCACCGUAUAGUUAAAAUACUCCCUAGUCAGUUUACAGUGGUCCUCAAUAUUUUCGACAAUUGUAAUAAGGUUUUUCGGAAUAGUGAAAGGAUAUACACGUAA